UGUUUGGUUCUUCUGGUGCUGCCCAGAGGAGUGUCCUCUGAUGUCACAAUACCCUGCUGCUAGCUUGGUAGCAGACACCGCUACUGAGGCUUAAAGGGAAGGAUCUGCUCUCCUGAAGCCAUCACUGCAGCACUGCAGCCAUGAAAUUUCAAUACAAAGAGGAUCACCCCUAUGAAUACAGGAAGAAGGAGGGGGAGAAGAUUAGGAAGAAAUAUCCAGACAGGGUUCCUGUUAUUGUAGAAAAGGCUCCAAAAGCUCGAGUUCCAGAUUUAGACAAAAGGAAAUACUUAGUGCCAUCAGACCUGACCGUUGGACAAUUUUACUUCCUCAUCAGGAAGCGGAUUCACCUUCGCCCAGAAGACGCUCUCUUCUUCUUUGUCAACAACACAAUUCCCCCUACCAGUGCUACCAUGGGACAACUAUAUGAAGAUAACCAUGAGGAGGAUUGUUUUCUCUAUGUGGCUUACAGUGACGAGAGUGUGUAUGGCAAGUGACACCACAAGUGAUGGGAGAUUCCAACUAAAACCAUCACCACCCUCACCUACCAUAUCACCGAUCACCCAACCUCUAGGACUGCACAGCGCAUGGAAACUAAUUAUAUGGAUGAUUAUCUUGGCAAGUUUGGGAGGGUAGAAGGGGAAGAAUUAAAAAAUAUUAGGACUGGGCAAGACUUGGCUUAAAAUUUUUAACACCCCAAGGAUUUAAAACAUACCACGUUGUGUGUUCAAUGAAGACCCAGCAACUCAGCGCAAAUGAACGGUAAUACAUGGCCUAUGGCGUCCCAUGGUGCUGCGCCUGCCAUAUUAUGAAGAAAAUAGCCUGGUUACUGUCUCACAUGGCCAUAUACAGUACGUACACACAAAAAAUAACAGGUCUACCUUCUUUCACUAACAUUCUCCAUAAACCAAGCUUCAGCAGCCCACUUAUACUUCUCUUAUGUCUGUGCAGUAGACAACCCCUCUCAAUAGAAUACAGGGGAUUGAAGGCCUGUCGUAGGCCCCCAAUGAACGUUCACCUGUUCCACCUGUCUUGUCUGCAGGUUAUGUUAGAGACAUAUAUUUUCACAAAAUUUUUAUCCUUACCACCUUUGUCAAGGCUCUUUGAAUGGGUUGUACAGGAUUAGGAUAACAUGGCUGCUCUCUUCCAAAAACAGCUAAAAAAAAACUUGUCCAUAGGUCAUAUCUGGCAUUGCAGUUCAGCUCCAUUGAAGAAAAUGGGCUCAGCUGCUAUACUACAGACAACCUGUGAACAGGUGAGGUGCUAUAUUUGGAAGAAAGUCACCAUGUUUAUCUAAGGCCUCUUUCACAUGCCAGUGAAUCACAGAUGUGUGCUGUUCGUGGUCUCCACAGACCGUAUCCACUGACUUAAACGUGUGUAUUCACACAUCAUUGGGUUUCCACGGGAUCCAUGAUGACACCACAGAAGCAUGUGUUUUUGUCCAUAAUUACGGAUUCCUGACAAACAUUACAGUUUAUGGGUCUGUGAAAACCACAGACAUGGUAUCUGUGUUUGGUCCUUGGUUUUCAUGGGCUAUUGGUAGGAGACUAAAUUUGGAAAUUCAUUUUCAACCUAGCAGUAUACGUGGAAUAGGGGUGACACACAGGGAAAAAAUGGACACACGGACCAAACAUGGAUCCUUCACGGGCAUUUUCACAGUCUAUCAGAAGCACUGACCAUCUUGUCACAUAUGUCAUUAGGGAACACAGGUGUGGGAAAGAGGUGUAAUCCUAUAAAACCCCUUUGGAUGCUAUUACACAUAUAUUAGCAGCCACCAGUAAAACUUGCACUUUAACACUAAAUACGAGUUGUAUUUGGUCUUGCCAUUGUUUCAAGUUGCAAGUUCAGGUGCAGCCCGGCAAUUAGCCAUAGAGCGUGAACGAUACCUGCGGCCGCCAAUGCAGUUUAAUAGCACUCUUGAAGUGCGAUGAUUUUGUUUUCAUAUUUCAUUCUUAAUCGACAUAAAUGCUAGUACUAAAAACACUUGAGGUAGGUAACGACUACAGACUAAUUAGUGAUGUGCUGUUAGUUUUUCAAAGACUUCUAGCUGUAUCAUGCUUCAUCAAAUCUUAACUGGAUUAUUUAUUUGGAGUGCUCUUUUUGAAUGCUAUACAGCAAGUGUCCUUUAGGUGGCAGUGUGGGUAAAGUAAAACGGACAUUUUUGUAAUCAUGAUUCAGCUUAUUUUAAUGAUGUGUUUCCUGUUUUUUUUUAUUCUGUUUUAGUCAUUAUUUAUUUUUGUUAGGCUGUAAUAUAUGGAAGGGAUGAUGCUUGUCAGUAAGAAAUAGGUGGCUAGAUAACAACAGUGUUUGAGAAGUCUCAGUUCUGUCUUAAAGAAUCUCUUUAUCUACAUUGUAAAUAAGGCCCAAAUAGGGCCUAUUUUGCACACGAGGCACGUAGGUGACUUUUGUCAAUGCUAUAAAAUAAAAACAUAAUACAGA